AUGUACUCGUCCAGCAAGUUGCUCGUCGUCGUCGUGGUCGCCGCCGUCGUCUGCCUCGGCGCCGCUCGUGGCGCGGCGGCGUUCAACUACGCCGACGCCCUCGACAAGGCCAUCCUCUUCUUCGAGGCGCAGCGCUCCGGCAAGCUCCCCGCAGGCCAGCGCGUCGCCUGGCGCGCCGACUCCGGCCUCUCCGACGGCUCUGCCUAUGAGGUGGACCUGGUCGGCGGCUACUACGACGCCGGCGACAACGUCAAGUUCGGCCUGCCGAUGGCUUUCACGGUGACCAUGCUGUCGUGGAGCGUCAUCGAGUUCGGCGACAUGAUGCCCCGCCGGUCGUCGUCGUCGUUCUUCGGCCUCGUCGGCGGCGGCGGCGGCGGCCAGCUCGACAACGCCAGGGCGGCCGUGCGGUGGGGCGCCGACUAUCUGCUCAAGGCGGCGACGGCGACGCCGGACACCCUGUACGUCCAGGUGGCCGACCCGUACCAGGACCACCGGUGCUGGGAGCGACCGGAGGACAUGGACACCCCGCGCAGCGUGUACAAGGUGACGCCCCAGAGCCCCGGGUCCGACGUCGCCGGCGAGACCGCCGCCGCCCUCGCCGCCGCCUCCAUCGUCUUCCGCGGCUCCGACCCCGCAUACUCCGCCAAGCUGCUCGACGCAGCUCGCCAGGUGUUCGAUUUCGCGGACAGGUACAGGGGCUCGUACAGCGACUCGCUCAGCUCAGUGGUGUGUCCGUUCUACUGCUCCUACUCCGGCUACCAUGACGAGCUGCUGUGGGCGGCGUCGUGGCUGCACCUGGCGUCGCCGUCGCCGGAGACGAAGGACGUGUACCUGUCGUACAUCAGCUCGAACGGCCACGCCCUGGGCGCCGAGCAGGACGACUUCACCUUCAGCUGGGACGACAAGCGCGUCGCCACCAAAGUCCUCCUCUCCAAGGGGUUCUUGCAGAGCAAACAAGACGGGCUGCAGCUGUACAAGGCGCACACUGACAACUACAUCUGCUCCCUUGUGCCCGGAGCCAACGGCUUCCGGUCUCAGUACACCCCAGGUGGUCUCCUGUUCAAAGAAGGCGACAGCAACAUGCAGUACGUGACGUCCACCGCCUUCCUCCUCCUCACCUACGCCAAGUAUCUCGCCUCCACCGGCAGCGCCGGCGCCACCGUCUCCUGUGGCUCCACCGCCGUCUCUCACUCCACCCUCAUCUCCCUAGCCAAGAAACAGGUGGACUACAUCCUCGGCGCGAACCCGGCGGGGAUGUCGUACAUGGUGGGGUUCGGGGCGAGGUACCCGCGGCACGUGCACCACCGCGGCGCGUCGCUGCCGUCGGUGCGCGACCACCCGGCCCGCAUCGGCUGCGACGACGGCUUCCGCUACCUCCACUCGCCGGAGCCGGACAGGAACCUGCUCGCCGGCGCCGUCGUCGGCGGCCCCGACGCCAGCGACGGCUUCUCCGACAGCCGCGACAACUACGCGCAGGCCGAGCCCUCCACCUACACCAACGCGCCGCUCGUCGGCGCGCUCGCCUUCUUCGCCGGCGCACGCAGGAUGGUCCCGCCAUGACUGCUGAAUCAUGCGUCGAUCAAGCUUGCUUGCUAUCUAAUUAAGAUAGAUAGAAUUGGAUUAAUUAAGCAUGCAUGUGAUCAGAUGUGACGCUGGUGUCACAUUGUCGCUUCAUCAAUUAAGUGAAUGCAAUUGUUUCGUGCUGCCAUGUCGAUCAAUACGUGAUUUGCGUAGGUAACUUUUGUUGUCAUCAUGUGUAUCGUAGUUGAGUGAUUUUAUC